AAAAGAUUGUAAAAUGAAGGUGCUAAGACAGGUAUCAUCGUAAUGAUAUCCGACUGAAAUGUGUCUACAAUUUUACACGAAUGAUUUUUCCACAUAUUACCACGGCUAUCAGAUGGCACCAAGCGUUUGUCAAAACUCACCGAAACUACCGCCGCACUCUACUACAAAAACAACAUCGGUUACUCAGAAAAGUAAUUGUGGUACCAAUAGUAUAAAUGGUUCGAUGGCUUCAUAUAAAAUGACGAGUUCCGAAAAUAGUUGGUCCCAGGCUUUACAUAGUAAGGAAAACCAGCGGCCGCCUGUUUACAAUCCAGAGGAUUAUGUGCAAUCAUUAAAAAAAUUUGGCAAAAGACAAAGCGGUAAAAACCCACGAUCCAUAUAUGACACUCACGACACUAAAAAUGCGAAUAGUGCAAAUAAUACAGAUGACGCUUAUAGGUCAUCCACAUUACCCAAUAAACACUCAGAGUACAAAAGUCCCAUACCAACCCCACCCGAAAGUGACAGUGAAAUGUCUUUAAGACAAUUCAGUUCAGUUACAGAUUUAUUAACAAAAUUACGCGCUGAUUUAAGAGUUUCAUUUCCAAGUUUCGUGCAGGAGUUUGUGGCUACACCCUCAGAUGGAGUCAGCUUACUUUUAGAAGUGUUAAGAGCCAUACAAUUAUCACAAGCUGCUAAUUCUCCAAUGCCUGCUGCUCAAAUGACCAACUCCAUGCCACGUAAUACGCAGUCUUACCAACGCCGAGCUUUACUCGAUGAAUUAGCUUGUUUACAAUGCAUCAGUUUAUGUUGUUCCCGUUCGGUGGAAGCCACAGCUCGUUUAGGAACAACACCCAUUGGACUUAUGCCCUUAGCUUCCUCAGCUACUGGUCAGGGAAUACGUGCACGCAUAUUGGCUAUGCAACUCAUGACAGCUGCUUGUGACAAAAAUACUUUGGGACAUAAUUCUCAGAAAAUUGUUAUCGCAGGUCACACAGCCGUUUCGGAGGCUAUGUCAACAUUACGUUUACGAUGCAGUGAACCUGUACGUUUUCGAUUAUUAAUUGGUAUGCUCAAUAGUGGUGGUGGCUCUGGAGAGCUACAAGCUGUUGGUGUUAGAUUUAUUAAUACCUUCCUUGAGAGUGCCGAAAACCUGCAGCAGCGUCUUUAUUUGCAAGCAGAACUUUUUCAAGCAGGUUUCGAACCAUCUACUUUGUCAAAGACAAUUUCAUCCUCAUCACCUUGGUUGGAUAAUUUACGUAAUGAGAUUAAACAUUUUAAUGAGAUCUAUGUGGAUGUAGAUAAAAUGUUGAUGCAAGCACGCGAAGCUGAUCGUGUACGUAGUCAAAUGGUUAUAUUGGAAAGACGAGUUCAGAUACUACAUGAAGAGAAAACUGUUUUGACAUCAAUGGAACGUCGCCUCCAGGAACGUUGUGCAGAACUGCAACGUGAAAUAUUCCGUUUGCAAGGAGCGCAAAAUGACAGCGAUUUGAAAGGUUUAGACAAACAACCUAUUGCUUUACCUCGACAUGUACCACCAUCACAUAGUAAACAAGAUUCAUCUGAACACGAAGAUGAGGGUAUUAGUAGCUCAGAGACAGGACCUUCACUUAGCCCCGUUCCAAUUUUGGUACUACCACAAAAAACGAAUAUAAACAUUUUAAACCAAAAGCACUAUAAAAAGAAAACAACACAAAUGAAAGACGAUGAAACCGCAACCAUAGAAGAUGUUAUGGAAGAAUUGGAUAAUAUAGUAAGCGAAGCAGAAAAGCAAAUGUUAAAGAGUGAUGUUAGUAAAAAAGGAGCAAUUAGAAAAUACACCGAAACGAAAGAGAAAGAUAUUGUACCUGUCAAUAUUGUGCCACAACCACCGCGUAAAGCACGUUCAUUAGCACAUAUAGUCUCACAACCAGGUGGUUCAGAAUUAGACGGUACCGAAUUCGGUUUAUUAUUAGCACAACAACAAACAAAUGGUAAUAUAGCAUUACCACAAGGAACAGGUCUGCGUACAUUCUUUGACGAGACCGAUUAUGAUAUGACAGAAAUCGAUAAACCAUAUCCUAUUGAUAUUGUCGAUAUACCUGAAGUUAAUACAAAUACAGCUGCAUUUAAUAGCAGUACCACGCGAGAAUUACUGGAUGUUAUAAUGAAUGCAAGACACACAGAUGACGAUCCCACAAUUAAAGCUCUACGUGAAGCCAAUGCCACAAAUAAUCAAAACAAUAGCCCACACAAUAAACGCAAUAGUUUUGCAGGCGGUGAGGCAAUUAGUACAGCCCUUGGGGGCUGUAAGAAACUGCAAGCUCCAGCGCAACAGUUUAAUGGUGUAUUUUUUAUGACAGGCAUGAAUACGCCACAGAAAUAUCCAAAACCAGAUUUAACUGCAGCUUUACAAGCUAAACGCGUUUCAAAGAAUGUAGAACGAUUGGAAGCUAUAUUUGCCAGUCAUGACCGCCUCAAUGAGACUAAUGGCUUAAUACCUGCACGUGAAAAGUCUCGCAGCAAUCAACAGAUCUAUUUCGGUAGCAAUCCUACAUUACGCGUCAAUGGUGGUUUCUGCAGUUAUACUAACAAUAUAACCAUCAACAGUAAUAUUACAACGCGAACACGAUCAUAUACGCAGGGUUCCAAGCUGACAGAUCUGCCAUCGGGUCUAUAUUAGUUUUUUAUAUGAGAGAUAUAACUAUA